UUUUUUACGCACAUUGCACCUGAAACACAAUAACAAGCACACAGGGCUUAUUGACAUGCAAAUGUGGAGAGAUUGUGGAGUGAUGGGCUGCCAGCUAGCUGCACCCCGGGAGCAGUUAGUCUAGAGUACUUGCUGUAAACAUGUUGUAUGCUUUUAUAAUUUAUGUGCCUUUGUUUUUUUGUGACCUUGAUUCAUGUGUGCUUUUAUAUGAAUGCAUUCCCUACAGACUGGCAGCCAUGCUGACCAGCUUUAUAGAGGGUAUUCUCUGCUGCCUGACCUCAAAGUCGGCCAACGUUGUGGUUCCUGUAGAAACCUCAGAACCAGCUGAUGGCUACGAGUUUGUGGAAGUGAAACCAGGCCGUGUCCUGCGGGUUCGCCAUAUCAUCCCUGACCGGCCGGUGGUGGAGGAACCCACUGGGCAGGGUGGGAUUGUCAGCUGCAAACGAAAGAUCACAGUAUAUCGUAAUGGACAGUUGUUCAUUGAGAACUUGGGUGACAGAGCGAGUGCAGAGCUGAAAACCUGCCAGAAUGGAGAUACAGAACCAAACAGCACUGUAGAGGUUGAACUGACAGAUUGCAGUAACUCCUCACCGCCCGUCAGUAUCCCAGAGACCAGGUCUGACUCUGUCACAGCUGUAAAAGACGGGACAUCUGAAACAGGAGCAAGAGGAGCGGCAUCUGCUGCUGGACAGACUGACCAGUCACAGCAGCCCAGGAAGCGCAGGCGGAAGCCAAAGCGCACUGUGGUAAUCGACUGUGAAAGGAAGAUAUCAUCCUGUAAAGGGACACAUCAAGACGUGGCUCUGUUCUUCAUCCAUGGAGUGGGAGGCUCACUGGACAUCUGGGGAAGCCAAUUGGACUUCUUUUCCAGGCUGGGCUAUGAGGUGAUCGCUGUGGACCUGGCAGGUCAUGGAGCCAGCUCAGCACCACAGAUAGCUGCCGCAUACACUUUCUAUGCCCUGGCUGAGGACAUGAGACUCAUCUUCAAGAGAUAUGCACACAAGAGGAAUAUUCUCAUAGGACAUUCUUAUGGCGUGUCGUUCUGUACCUUCCUGGCCCAUGAGUAUCCGGAACAGAUUCACAAAAUGGUGAUGGUCAACGGAGGUGGUCCCACAGCUCUGGAGCCCAGCCUCUGCUCCAUCUUCAACCUGCCCACCUGUGUGCUUCACUGCCUCUCUCCGCUGCUAGCCUGGAGCUUUCUCAAGGCUGGCUUUGCUCGGCAGGGUGCCAAGGAGAAGCAGCUGCUGAAAGACAACAAUGCCUUCAACGUGUCGUCCUUUGUGCUCCGUGCCAUGAUGAGUGGUCAGUACUGGCCUGAGGGGGACGAGGUCUACCAUGCUGAACUCACUGUGCCCACCCUGCUGGUUCAUGGCAUGCACGACAAGUUUGUUCCAGUCGAAGAGGACCAGCGAAUGGCAGAGAUCCUCCUAAUGGCCUUCUUGAAGGUCCUGGAGGAUGGUAGUCACAUGAUCAUGAUGGAGUGUCCCGAGGCUGUCAACACGCUACUGCAUGAGUUCUUCCUCUGGGAGCCGGCCACCCCUCCACCGCCAAAGAAGGAGUCCAAAACACGUCCAGAGACUGCCAAAGCCCAAACUGACAGCACCAAAGCUGCAUUGGACCCUUGCAAAGUCCGACCUGCAACUGCUAGGCAGACCUCAUCAAACGACGGCACAGAGGAGAAGCCAAACAUCACGGACAAGAAAUGACUGAAGAUUAAAGCCGGAGCUUCCAGUGGUUGUUACACUAUAUCAGCUGGCCAUGCACUUUGUGGGUCCUGAUAAACUGAGCUGGUUUUAGCUGUUAAACCCGAUGCUGAGCCAAAAUAAAACUGAGCCAGUUUAUUUGAAAUGGUUCAGCUAAAGGUUGCACAAGUAAAGAGAAAUAAUGUCUGAUUCCAGUUAUGUCAGCUGCUGAGCUGAAGGGCAGAGGAACUGGAACUCCAUUAAUGGAUGCUGAAGGUCCAUUCUUCAGCUUACAGCUCAAUGUCCUCAGCAUACAGCGUGAAAGAUAUAGCUGUGCCUUGAAGUGAAGGGUGGUGAUGAUGCCAGGGUAGGUGGAGCAAAAGACAUCAACAAUAACAUACAGCCAUGAGGGCGAAGGUGAAAAUCAACAGUUGUCAAGUGGCAAAAGUGAUAACAUUUGACUUUUGUGGACAAAUCAAAAAGUGUCACCUCCCAUAUUGUCAGCCAAAUUUAAAAAAAGAUAACACUUGAUUGCCUGGUCAUUCCUAAAAUGUGGGAAAAGAAAAGCAAAACAAAUGGUUUGUAUGAAAUAUGCUCUUGACUACCUGUUACGCUGCCCUACAUAAAGCAGCAGACGAGUCUAAACCUUAUGGAAACUAGCUAGAUGGUAAAUUAGCCUACUUGGGGUUUAAAAUAUUGAUACAAUCAUGUGAAAUGUCUAUCUGUGUAUGUUUGGUAGCUAGAAUUUUUAAUUUCCAUAUAAUGAUGAAUUUCAAAACUCACCUCUUGUAGAGGUGGGAAAGCAUUUCUUGAUUGAAAAUGUACAUUUACUAUUUUGGCCAUUUUCUCUGUUCUUUGGCACCUCAAAGAGGUGAGCCAGAACAUUAUUUUUCUCAAUGCAUUAGAGGUUCACAAACCUAGAAGUAGCCUUAACUACUACUCACCCUAGUUAUGAGAUUUUAAGGACCAGUGUGUAGGAUUUAGUGACAUUUAGCAGUGAAGUUUCAACCAUCUGAUAACUCCUCACCUCACCCUCCCCUUCCAAGCGUAUAGGAGAAACUACGGAGGGGCUACUUUCCUGGGCUACUGUAGAAAUAUGGCUGUUCAACAUGGUGGCCUAAGUAGAAGGGGA